AUGUCCCAGCUCAGCGAAACCAUCACACUUGAGCAACUGGCCGCCCACAAUACUCUGGAGUCCCUGUGGAUAGCGGUUCAUGCACAUGUGUACGAUCUCACGACCUUCAGCUCGGACCACCCAGGUGGUAUCGAGGCACUCGAGAGCUGUGCCGGGACCGAUGGAACAGAGCCGUACGAAUAUGCAGGCCACAGCGAGUCGAAUAUGGCAAAAAUGCAGCUAUACCGCGUCGGCAGGCUUGCCGGGAGCCUUGCACAGGCUUCUUCCAUUUCUCCCAAUCCCCUUCACGUGGAGAGUAAGCGCAUAAGGAGCGCCACAUCCCGCCUCAAGCAGUUGAGAUUCCCCUCCUGGACGAAGCUGGCAGUCACUAUAUCCGCCACUCCUCUCUUUGUGGCUCUGGCUCUGUCUUGCCAGCAAAGGGACAGUUUUGUUGAUUACAUUUCGCGGACACUGAAUACCUCCCAACUCCAAUUCGGAACUAUUUCGGAUCAGGGCACUGGACAUGCAUUUUGGGCGGGCAUAGCAAUCGCUUCGUCAGUAAGCUGCGUGGGAUUCAGCUAUCUAUACAAGCUCUUCUUGUCGACUCUCGAUUACCAAAACGACGUAUUCAGCUUGCCAGCUACGAUACCGAGAAAAACGAAAAAAAGAAGAACGGAUCACCUGACUAUCUAA